GAUGAAAAGAAACUGAAACUAAGUAGAGGAUCCGAUGUCAUGGACACACCCUGAUAACUAGGCAUUUAUAUCACUACUGCCUGAAGCGUUCUGCAUUAGAGGCAAUCAGCGAUAGAGAAAACAGCUAAGGCUUCAGCUGCUUAAAGGUCUGUUCAAGAUCACUGUUCUCUGGUCAGACUGAAUUUGUCAUAAUUGAGGUUUAAACAUGUGGGCAGAGAGUGACUUGUAUCCAGGUGUGCCUUGUCUCCAAAGCACUACAGAGCCUGUGAAUGGUAAUGUAUACCGAAUGUAUCAUGGAACCACUGAAAGAGCAGCAGAACAGAUCAAAAUGUAUGGCUUUAAGCCAUCUACAGACGGCAUGCUUGGACGUGGUGUCUACCUCAGCCGAGAUCUUAACAAGGCCAGCAGAUACCCGAUUAAUAAUCCAUGUGAGAAGGUUGUUAUCAGAGUGAAGGUCAAUGUUGGAAGAGUGAAGAAGAUUGACUAUCAGGGUCAUCCACUGCAGAAAACCUGGCACGAUCACGGGUACGACACUGCCUGGUGUCCUCCAAACUGUGGCAUGGUGCCAAGUGGUCUUGAAGAAGACUGUGUCUGGGAUCCACAUCGAAUCACUUUCAUUGAUGUAAUUCCACCGAGCCUUCAAAAUAGUGAAAAUCCAGUUGAAGGUAAAGUCUACACAAUGUUUUAUGGCACAACUAAGGAAAAUGCUGAAAAAAUCAAAUCUUGUGGUUUUUGUCAGUCUGAUGGCAUGCUUGGGUGUGGAGUCUACCUCAGCCGAGAUGUAGAACAUGCCUCUGAGUACCUUAUGCAUGUUCCUAAACAGCAGAGAAGUGUUCUGAGAGUGAAGGUUAAUGUUGGAAAAGUGAUAAAAAUUGAUUAUCAAGGCCAACCGAUGCGAAACUGGCAUGCUUUUGGGUUUAACACUGCCUGGAUUUCCUCAGAAAGUUCAAUGGUUAAAAGUGGUGUCUGGAAACCGCAAAACUGUGUUCGGGAUCCAACAGCAAUCACAGUCAUUGAUGUAAUUCGUCCUGUUUAAAGAGAAUGUUUUUUUGUUUGUUUGUUCUUUAAAAGCAAUGCAAAUCCUAAAAUAUUUUAUCUUAAAAUGCAAUGUUUUAUUGAGAGUUUGAUCAUUGUACUGCACUCUGCAUUAUUGCAAAAAUUUUUGAAGCUGAAGGCAAAGAAAUAAAAUAAUUAAAAACGAGCUUCUCUAAACACAUGUUUAGUUGCCUUGUAAUUAUGGGUCAUACCUUUUUAACUGACACUGUUAAUUCUUUAGUAAAAACAAGAAUGUCCAAACUACAUAAAAUGCUUUCCUUUUUGUUUUAUUUAAGUCUUUUAGGCACUUGGAAUGUCACUGGGCUGUAAAAGUAAACAUUAAAAAUCUGAAUUCAGUUAUUUUAA